UCUAGUAUCCACAAUUAAAGAAAAACAAAAGCAAUCACAGUGUGAUAUUGUGCUUCAUCGAACCUUUGUCAGACAAUCAGUCAAAAGAUAUCGAGCAAAGUACAAUAGCAAUACGUACUGACCAGUUAUGUAAUGAGCUUUCAAUUGUAUGUUCGUGUACUGUGUAAUGUUGAAUUAGAUUCGUCACUAUAAACGAUAAUAAAUAGAUGACUAGAUUUAAGAUUAGUGUAGAUGUUUGUAAGCGGAAAGGACAAACUUCCUGUUUGAGGAUUAUCGUACAGAAUGGACUUAGUAUAAGGACUUUGUGACAAAUAAAAAAAAAAACAACUUGAUGGACUUCAUAUUUAGUAUAUGGACAUUUACUUUCAUUAAAUGCACAACAGCUACGCUAUAUUACUCUGACACCGAUUACAAAAGUUACUAUCAAGCAGAGCAGUUUUGCAAUAACGUUGGGGGAGUGCUCUUGAGGUACGGAGAAAAAUUCAGUAAAGUUAUUCGUACCUGUGGAAAAACCCAAAAGGAUGUUUGGACCGGUAAACCAUGGUAUCUAAAAUGGGAAAAUUGUUAUUAUGAUGGUAAUAUUAACACACUAAGAACAGCAGUAGUAAACAGAACCUCGGAUAAACAUGUAGGUGUGUGCGCAGACUUUUGUGCCAAUGAGAAUUACACGCGCUUUGCUGUACAGGCCAAGUCAUGCUUCUGUUAUACCAAAAGUGUGGUAUUCACCGUAUCUUUCUGUUUUGGUAAAGAAAUUCAAUGUCCCGGAAACAGUUACGAUAUAUGCGGAACAGGAGAGUACGGCAGCUUUCCAUAUUAUGUGGUCUAUGAAAAAGUGAAUUCUCUUCCAAAUAAUAUCUGCCGCACGAGGUUAUAUACAGACACAACAUCUCCCAGUAAAGAAAUAGACUCAAGUUGCAAUUCAACGAACUUGACCUAUAUUUGCAGCGUUGGCAAUUCUGACGAUAUUGAAUGUAAUUUAAGUGAUUUACUUCAAACAACGAGUUCAGUAAACACUGGAGGAAAAGGAAUGGUUAGUGGUCUAGUAGUCGGCAUGGCUAUUACACUGAUUUUGAUCUUUGUAACCAUGUACAUCAUUAACAGGAAAUAUAGAAAAAAUGGUCAAACAUCUAAAUCAAUUAUGAGGACAGAAAAUAGUGACCUGAAGAAAAAUAAUUUUUCAUUAUACGCAUCCGUAUCAGAAGAUACAAUUACAUCCGGGAAUGUUCUAUCGAAUGAUCAAUCAAACUUAGUUCCUUCUGACUCAAAAAAUUCUCAGAAACAUCCUAAAUUCAACUCGUUUCAUAAUGCAAAAACUUCAGAUACGAAAGAAGAAGAUCACUAUGAAAUAAAACCCGAUGGCGUUUACGACAUUUCUUCACAUAAUGCACUUAAUAAAAUGGCGAAGGAAAAUGACAAUAUUUAUGAUCGUCAAUUGGAAGAUACAUACGACACAGGAAAUCUCCAAGACAUUAACCAAAUUGUAGAUGUUUACGAUCACACAUAGCAACAACCAUGUUUAUUUAAAAACAAUAGAUAUAAGACAUAAUACCAUCGACUAUUGAAUGGAAGCUUGAUGCUAGCUUCACA